UUACCAGACGUCUAAAUUAAAUGAUAAAAAACGAAUAGGUAUUUAAUCUUAUCAGAUUAAUUUUAUUUUUCCAACUUAUCCUUAUUUUACAAAACCUUUGACCUUUAUUUAUUUUUAUUAAAAUGUCAGCGGUCAUUCCAACUGUGACCCGACUCUCAAAUAGGAUAAUAAGGAUACUAGGGUGUAAUCCCGGGCCUAUGACGCUGCAAGGGACAAAUACAUAUUUAAUUGGGACCGGAAAAAAUCGCAUAUUAUUAGACACAGGUGAUAAAAAUGUUUCCGAGUACCAGAAAAACUUGCAAGAUGUGGUACAGACGGAACAAGUCAAUAUAGAGCACAUAGUUGUUACACAUUGGCACCAUGAUCAUAUCGGAGGGGUUGAGGACUUAUAUGGGACCAUUGCUAAACAACCCAAAAUAUGGAAGCACAAGCGAAGUGACGGCGAUAAUAAAGACGACCCGUUAUCAUUACCCAUACAUUGGUUGUCUGAUGGUCAACAAAUUGAAGUCGAAGGUGCUACUCUCAAAAUACACCAUACACCUGGUCAUACAACUGAUCAUGUUGUACUUACGUUACUUGAAGAAAAUAUUAUGUUCAGCGGAGACUGUAUUUUAGGUGAAGGGACUGCAGUAUUCGAAGAUUUGUAUACAUACAUGAAAAGUCUGAACAAAAUAUUAGAUUUGAAUCCAAAUGUCAUAUAUCCUGGCCAUGGUAAUAUUGUUGAGGAUCCAAUAGAAAAAAUAGAAUAUUACAUAGCUCAUAGGAAUUUAAGAGAGAAUCAAAUAUUAGAAACAUUAAAAAAAAAUUCAGAUAAGCAGCUUACAGAAAUGGAUCUAGUCAGGAUUAUUUACACUGAAACUCCGGAACAUUUAUGGCCCGCAGCAGCUUAUAAUGUCAACCAUCAUCUAAGGAAACUAACAAAGGAAAAUAAAUUGAAAGAAAUUGAAGUCGACGGUGAUAGAAAAUGGCAAUAUUUAGUUUCAUCAAAUUUAUAA